ACUAUUUUGUUUGCGAUUUGUUGCUAUGUUUUUUUGUGCAAGUAAACAAACAAACACACAUUUUUAAAGAAUUUAGGUAUAACUCAAAUUAUUGUCUUCGUUGUAACCAAGCUCUAAAGAUGAAUGAAACACAUUUAAAUGCAAAUACGUAGUGCCAAAGUAGCAAGUGAACUUUACUAUUUUUUCUAAGAAAAUUACAAAAAAAAUGAGCAAUAUUAAAGUUUGCAGAAUAUGUUUAGGUCACAAUACCCCUAUGUACACGGUAACCGCUACAAAUUUACACGAGUUUUACGAGAAAAAUACGAAUAAACCACUCAAAACUGACGAAGAACUGUCCGUAGCAUGCUACAUCUGCUACCAUUUGCUGAAGAAGUGUUACAGAUUCAUACAAUGCGCAAUAAAAGCAAACGAAGUGCUACAGAAAAUAUCGAAUGACGGGACUGAGAUAACAGAAAAAGCCAUAGCGCUCAUAGACAAGCCCCAUUCAUUUCGAAUUUUCCAAAACACUCCAAUUGAUUGCGUGGUUUCUACGGAAGUCGAAGAGAAUAUUGAGGUGCCGAUUGUGAAAGACGAACACUUAGAUAUUAAAAGAGAACCGGCCUUAGACACAACGUCAUUGGCAGAGGAUGAAAAAGAUAUUAUAGAGCCACCGCUACCAGACGAUUCCCAAAGCUUCACGGACUCGGAGGACGAUGUGCCUCUAAAAUGCAUCAGCAGGAAGACUGAAACACAGGUCAAGAAUAAACGACCUACUAAGGCUAUAAGACCGAUUAAAAAAGUUAAAAAGGCCCCAGCUCUCAUCGAUGCUCGCGAGAUAGUCCUAUCUCUAGAAGAACAGCGAGCUCAGUUGCUCGCGCGAGCUCAAUCGCUCAACUACUUGCAUUCGCCGCACCGCUGUACUUUAUGCUACAAGGGAUUUGUAGAUCUGAAGGCAUAUGAGAACCACAAGGAGAAGCAUGACGAGCGUAGCGGCCCCUUCGAGUGCGAGAUAUGUCGCAUGCGCUACCGCACGUCGAGACACCUCCGCACACACGUGCACACGUGUCAUGGCCGCCAGUACGCGUGCAACAAAUGCGCGCACCGCUCGCACACCGCUAAUCAAGCUAGAGAGCACGAGAAAUGGCACAACGGAUACACUUAUGAGUGUCAGCUGUGCAGUCAAAAGUUCAGGAAACCCACCUCAUACCUCACGCACAUGCGCAAGCGACACCCGACGGAGCACGUGUGCAAUAUAUGCGGCGACAGCUUCGUGGGACGCCACGGCCUGCUGAUGCACAGGAGUCAUUUAUUUUCUAUUGGGGGGAAACCAACGUCAUACCUCACGCACAUGCGCAAGCGACACCCGACGGAGCACGUGUGCAAUAUAUGCGGCGACAGCUUCGUGGGACGCCACGGGCUGUUGAUGAAACCCACCUCAUACCUCACUCACAUGCGCAAGCGACACCCGACGGAGCACGUGUGCAAUAUAUGCGGCGACAGCUUCGUGGGACGCCACGGACUGGGGUUGAAAAUAUACUUUCUCCUCAGGAAACCCACCUCAUACCUCACGCACAUGCGCAAGCGACACCCGACGGAGCACGUGUGCAAUAUAUGCGGCGACAGCUUCGUGGGACGCCACGGGCUGUUGAUGCAUAAGAGUAAAGCGCAUCGGUUGCAGGAGAAGCCCACUCCAGAGCAAGAACCAAAGUUUUGUGCGGACUGCAACAUACAGUUCGUGUCUUUGGACGCUUGGAAACGCCACAUCAUGAGCUCAGCCAAGCAUGCGGUGGCCACUGAUGCUAGCACUUUGUGUCACGCGUGCGACACGCGCGUCCCGGGCUCAAAGCUGCGCGAGCAUUUGCGCUCGCACGAGGCUGAGCGCGAGCGCGCGCCGCCGAACACCGCCGCGAAUGUUCGCGCCGCGCCGCGCGCUCCCUGCUCUCAGUGCGGAGCAAACUUCGUGAACCGCUCGAAGCUGCAGGCGCAUAUAAAGAGGAUCCAUUUGGGAGUCAAAUACAACAAAAACAUCGUCUGCGAAGUGUGCGGGAAGAAGUGCACCUCCAACGCCUCGCUAAAGUACCACCAGCGUACUCACACGGGCGAGCGGCCGUUCGCCUGUUCACACUGCGGGAAGCGAUUCGCCGACAACAACCAGCGGCGGAUACACGUGCGGACACAUACCGGCGAGCGACCGUAUUGCUGCGCGGCGUGUGGAAAGAGAUUCAGCCAGAAACCAGCGCUUAACAGGCACUACCGGGUACACACGGGGGCGAAGCCCUACGACUGCCAGUUCUGCGCGAAGACCUUCAGCCAGUCCAACUCUCUGAAGCUCCACGUUAAUACUGUACACUUGAAGAUACCACGCGCGGUCAAGAAACAACCCGCGGCGGCUGAUGCUUAGGCCAGACUUGGAUGGGUGACCGCACGUGAAAUACUACUUCUGAAGGCAACAACCUUGGUCAUGGCAAAGCUGAAUAUAUCAUCGCUCCUGUAAAACAGUAAUUCCCCUUACUAAUAAAACUUACACGCUCGUUUAACAGUGUUUUAAAGUGACGUUUAGUAUGGACAUUUCUGUGUAACUUUUUAUUAUCUUAUACAGUGUGAGUCACGUUAAAGUGUACAUAUGAAAAUAGAUGAAACUAGACCUAUUUUUAUCGACAAAAAAGAGGUCAAAAAUUUUUUGAGAUUUUUUUA